AUGCGCUCCCCGACCGAACUCUCGCGUAGCCCCGGAUCUGGCACAUUUGACAACGCCAGCUUUGUGUCGGGGAAUUCUGGGCUGGCUGGCAGUCCCUGCCUAGACUCGCCGUUGCUCGGGGACACGUCCCCGGUUGUUGGCUUCUCGAGGUUUACAGCGGUAUCUGCUCUGAAAUGCCCCGUUCAUGAGCAUGGAACGAAUCAAGGGAACUCCGGAACGGUACUUUCGAUGUCGCCAUCGGCUGACGUCGAGGCGGCAAGCUCUGGAGACCAAGACGCGUCGAAGACGAAAAAUCGUAAUCUGAACUAA